AUGGAUGAAUUAGAACGUCGACGAAUUGAAGCGUUCAUUGACGAUUUCGAUGAUAAUGAAGAUAUUUGGGGAGGGAACUCAAGUGACGAAGAAGAGGAUAAUGUUGAAAUGUUACAAAAAGAUCAUAACACUGAUACUGAACAAUCCGAUAUUUCUGAUGAAGAAAACUCAGAAGAGGCAGAAUAUAAUUUCGUAGAUAAUGCGAUUAUAAACGAUGAUAAUUACCAUGAAUCAGAUGAUGAGUUACCACUUAGCAUGAGAAUGUUGCCAUACUAUAUUGGGAAAGAUGGAACUAGGUGGAAUAAACGUGCGCCAAACCAGAGAGUUCGCACGUCUAAAAAAAAUUAUGUUACGGAAAAAUCAGGUGUUUCUCCAACUAUUAGAAACAAAACAAAUAUUCUUGAAUGCUGGCAAGUGUUUUUUACAAAACCCAUGUUAGAUACAAUAGUAAAUUGCACCAAUAUAUAUAUAUCAAAGGCACGUGCAAGUUAUAGUCGCGAACGUGAUGCAUCGGAUACCGACUACAAAGAAAUAAAAGCAUUGAUUGGAAUUUUAUACAUGACGGGGGCUAUGAAAUGUUCUCAUAGAAGUUCGGAAGAUUUGUGGCAAAGUGAUGGAACCGGAGCAGAUCUAUUUGCUUGCGUAAUGUCAGAAAGACGAUUUCGAUUUUUAUUACGAUGUAUAAGGUUUGAUGAUAUUCGUGGGCGUACUCAAAGAAAAGAAAUAGAUAAGAUUACACAUAUUCGGUGGAUUUUUGAAAAUUUUGUCAGUAACUGUAAGAAAUCAUAUUCAAUAUCAGAAUACGCAUGUGUUGAUGAAAAGCUACAAUCAUUUCGUGGUCGAUGCUCAUUUCGGCAGUACAUCCCUAACAAGCCAGCCAAGUACGGCAUUAAAAUUUUCGCGUUGUGUGACAAUGUUACAUAUUAUACUAGUAAUUUAGAAAUUUAUGCAGGCAAGCAGCCAGAUGGCCCAUUUUCAAUCGACAAUUCUGCAAGUGAAGUAGUAAAACGGUUAGUGUCUCCAAUAUCUAAAACUGGUAGAAAUAUAACGGCAGAUAAUUGGUUUGCGAGUGUAUCAUUAGCUGAAGAACUUUUGAAAAAUCAUAAUCUUACAUUAGUAGCUACAAUAAAGAAAAAUAAAAGAGAGAUUCCAAAAGAAUUUCUUGUUACUAAAAAUAGGGAACUUUGUUCUUCUUACUUCGGAUUUCAGAACAACAUGUCAAUAGUAUCAUAUAUGCCGAAAAAAAAUAAAAUUGUACUAGUUUUGUCAACAAUGCAUAGUAGUAAAACUAUAGAUGAAAGUUCAGGCUUAGCAAAAAAACCAGAAAUUAUAACAUUUUAUAAUGCCACAAAAGGUGCAGUUGAUAAUAUGGACAGGAUGACAGAAAACUAUACAGUAGCAAGACGGAGUAAUAGAUGGCCACUUACAGUAUUUUAUUCAAUUUUGAAUAUCGGUGCGGUAAAUGCUCAAGUUAUAUAUCACGAAAACAGUCAAGCUAAAUACACUCGUCUUCAAUUUUUAAAAAUAUUAGCAAAACAGCUAAUGGAUGAACAGUUACAAUAUCGUGCAACAAUACUUUCACUUCCAAAAAAUAUUAAAACGCGACUAAAUAUUUAUGGUUACAAACCAACAUUACAAGUAGGUGAGCAACGGGUAAGAGCGUCAGGAAGAUGUCAAUUUUGUGACCGCCAACGUGACAGAAAAACUACAAAAGUAUGCACUAACUGUGCAAAACUUAUAUGCAGAGACCACUUAGUAGAAGUAUGUCCAGAGUGUUUCAGUGAGAUGUAA